AAGCUAUUUCCCAACUCAGCAGUUACCAAAGUGCAGGCUGCUAACCCUCAGGUGGAGCCGUCCAUGGACUCCGUUCAAGGCCAUGCGCUUAUUUCCUAGAGGUUUGUGCCGGUUUCCUAGAGACCUGAAAAAAUCUGAGGGUUGUAAUUGUUCAGCCCAUGAAUGGCCCUUUGGUUACGGAGUAGACAGUGGCGUGUAUAAAAGCAGAGGAAGCGCACAUGCUCAGAUCAGUGUGGUCACUCAGACUGUUCCCUCACAGACAGCAAACUUUCCUCAGGCUCUGUGAUUCACUGCUCAGCUGCAGACAUGGUCAUCAGUGUUGCCCUCAUCUGGGCCGUUGUGGUGGGACUCUGCUGCUGCCUCUGGCUCGUUUUGGGGAUCCGCAGGAGGCAGCCCGGAGAACCUCCUGUAGAAAAUGGCUGGAUCCCCUACAUGGGUUGUGCUCUUCAGUUCGGCGCUAACCCAUUGGAAUUCCUCCGUAGCAGACAGAAGAAAUUUGGCCACAUUUUCACGUGUAAGAUCGCUGGAUGUUUUGUCCACUUCCUCUGCGACCCAUUCUCUUAUCACUCUGUCAUCCGUCAAGGGAGGCAUCUGGACUGGAAGAAGUUUCACUUCGCAGCAUCUGCCAAGGCAUUUGGUCAUGAAAGCAUGGACCCGAGCCAUGGACACACAACGGAGAACCUUCACCAGACUUUCCUGAAGACUUUGCAAGGCGAUGCUCUCCCGUCUCUCAUUGAAAACAUGAUGGAGAACCUGCAGAGUGUCAUGCUCCAGUCCAACAUGCUCAAAUCCAGCAGCUCGGAAUGGGAAGUGGACGGAAUCUUCGCUUUCUGCUACAAGAUCAUGUUCGAGUCCGGCUACCUCACGCUGUUCGGAAAGGAGUUGGACGGAGACAAGACAGUUGCGCGUCAGCAAGCCGAGAAAGCGCUAGUCCUCAAUGCUCUGGAGAACUUCAAGGAGUUUGAUAAGAUUUUCCCUGCACUCGUCGCGGGUCUCCCCAUCCACGUAUUCAAGAGCGGCCACAGUGCGCGCGAGAACCUUGCCAAAACCAUGCUGCACGAGAAGCUCAGCAAGCGCACCAAGAUUUCUGACCUCAUAUCUCUGAGAAUGCAGCUCAAUGAUUCAUUAUCAACCUUCAACGAGCUGAGCAAAGCCAGGACUCACGUCGCCAUCCUGUGGGCCUCACAAGCCAACACCUUACCCGCAACAUUCUGGACACUCUUCUACCUCAUCAGAUGUCCAGCAGCAAUGAAGGCAGCUACUGAGGAAGUAAAGAACGUGUUUGAGAGCUCUAACCAGAAAGUCGAUCCCAAAGAUCCUAAACUGGUCCUAACCAGAGAGCAGUUAGACAACAUGCCAGUUCUCGACAGUAUAAUAAAGGAAGCCAUGAGACUGUCUAGUGCUUCUCUAAAUGUCAGGGUGGCUAAAGGAGAUUUCUUGCUCCAUCUGGACAACAUGGAAUCGUACCGGAUCCGUAAAGACGACGUGAUAGCGCUGUAUCCGCAAAUGCUCCACUUCGAUCCUGAGAUCUACGAAGAUCCUCUGACAUACAAGUACGACAGAUUCUUGGAUGAAAAGGGACAGGAGAAGACGUGUUUUUAUCGAGGAGGACGUAGACUGCGCUACUACUACAUGCCCUUCGGCUCCGGAGUCACCAAAUGCCCCGGGCGAUUUUUCGCUGUUCAUGAGAUUAAGCAGUUCCUGUCUUUGGUGCUGUCCUACUUUGAGAUGGAGCUUUUGAAUUCUGAAGUGAAAGUUCCUCCUUUGGAUCAGUCCCGUGCCGGCCUCGGCAUUUUACAGCCCACAUACGACGUCGACUUUAAAUACAGACUCAAAACACAAUAGAACUUCACCCCCUGUUCAUAUUUAAUGUAAAUAGUGUAUAUUUUUGUUUAGCUAUAGUUGUUGAUAGUGAAAUUUUAAAGUGUUCUUAAUUGUUUCUAAAAUGUUGUGAUAUAAAAUUGACGUUUUUUUUCCCAAACCAGUAUAAAGCCUCAGCUAUGAAAUAAUAACGCUAACAGCGUCCUCAUUAACAUUCCACAGUGACUGCAAUAAAGUGAUUUAAGUGAUUUGAUAUUUGCACUGAUUUCUUUUCGAUGGCUCUUGAAUGCUGCUGUGUAAAACGUCUCUGCUGACUGAUAUCAGUAAUAUUUACUGCCAAGACUUAUAGAAGUGAUCUAUUCUGAAAGAACGAAUGAAUGAAUGAAUGAUCUGCUGAAAUGGUCUUGUAUAUAAAGUGAGAUUAUUUUAACGUUUUAAUUCUGUAAUUUUCUCUAAACAGAAUUGUUUGUCAGGAUUACCAUGCACACAAUGUUCACGCCUCCUUUAACUCAGAAUUCAA